AAUUUUUCGAACUCCUUAAAAUUUCCAAAUCACAUGAUGUGAAUUGCACCCAACACAAGCCUUCAUGACGGCUCUGUCGUAGCUCGUGUUUCAUUCUUAAAGAAACACAGAUGACACUGAACGGCCAGAAUCCGGCCUAUUACCAGUGAUAGAGUAACAAUAUGUGCUUUGUCAAGAUACACCAUAUGUUAUACAUCCAAUAAAUUCGCCAACAAGCAUGAUUUUAUUACAUAUGAUCUUGCGAUGGUACAAUGGAGAAUAGUACAAACAGUUUAUUCGACGGCUUUGGAGAUAAUUUCCUAGAAGACUUAGUUACAAAUGAACAGAAUGAAAACAGGAAUAACAUAAAUAAAUAUAAUGAAAGCAGUGGAGGGUCUCUGGAUAUCUUGCAGCAAUCGUUGCAGGCUGCUGAAAUUAUCAACAACGAAUCAUCUGCUGACUUCGAUGGUUUGGAUGAUUUUAGCUUCAACCUUAGUAGCAGCUAUGGCAAGGAAGAAUCACUUAACGAUUUAUAUGGAACUUCAUUAACCAGUAAUCAGUCAAAACUGAACUCAUCAGAGCAGUUUGACGCUUCACAGUUUUUGAAUCUGCCACAGCAAGAUACAAGUAAAAACAAUCAGACUUUAAAUGGUACCAGUGUGCCAAGUAAAGCAGUUUACAUUUCUGAGUCCUCUGCACCUCUAACUGUAACUUGGUCAAACUCACCUACAGCUCCAGGGAACUCUAUAAAUACAGUAACUAUUCCUACUACAAAUGUACCCAAUGCUGCACAAGGGUACAAUGAAAGUUCCAAUGUAGGAAAUAACAGUUUUAAAAUUCAACUUUCAUCGAAUGUAGGCAAUUCCCAACAAAGCGGUGUUUAUGUUAUCACAUCGCACCAACUGCAGCAGAAUUCAUCAGUAUACACAACUAUAUCCCAGAGCACUGCUUCUGCUCAAAGUCGUACCUACCUAGUUUCAAAUGGGGGAUCAAAUUUUUAUUCUGCCCCUGCACAAACAUUUACAAGCAACAGUCAAAUUGCACCCAGUGUGGUGCAAGCCAGUAAUGUCCAGCCAUCAAAUCGAACUGCCUAUUCUAUGCAACAGUACCCUACCAGUAACAGUGUUAACAUGAUUCAGCUUACACCACUUCAAAAUUCCACACCAUCAAAUUUGCCAGCUGCAGGUUCAGUUGUUCAAACGGUACAAACAAGUGCUCCGAUUUCUACUUCAUCAGUUCUGCCACCAGUUGACCAACAGCAGACAAACAAACUCGCGAUUUUGCUUCAGAAAAGAGCAAGCCAAACCACUGGUGGUGCUGCCGUGUUACGAGUUGGUAAUCAGAACAUAAACAUCUCAAACCCUGAAGUGGCAAACGCUCUAGCAGCCAACAUACUGCGCCAUCAAAGGUUGAAACAGCAGCAGCAGCCACAGUCUUCAAACUCUCAAAUAUUGCAGCAACAGCAGCAUAGUACUGCAGGUUCUGAAAAAACGUUUAUUAACAUUGCUGGUGUGCAGCAAAAUUCAGUGCACCCUGCAAUUAAAAUUGAGCAACCUAAAGCUCAAUACGUCAUCUCACCUUUAACACAACGCCCACAAUCAGGUUCUGAAGGUCAUGUGAACAAUACCAUUGUACAAUCAACUCGACUGCAAACCACAACUCAAUCAGGCAACAAAAGUAACAGUCCUGUUCCUAUCAAUCGCAUACAGAUUGCAAGUGUAAACAUUCCUAUCUCAACCCCACAAAACAUUCAGAUAAAUGUUACAGCUUUGCCCAAAAGUUCAUUUUCUACCGACACAACCAAAACUGUUUCUAUAGCUCAGGCAAUCCCCAUUGCAGUAACCACUGCAACUACUGUUUCAAGUGCACUGGUCAAGCAGUUGGCUUCAAACUUAAAAUUGAAGCUUACAACUCAACAAGCAAGUCAAUUGACGAAAGAACAACUACAGCGGUUGUUGAUUCAGCAUCAAGCUGCAGUCCGAGCAAGAAAAGUUGGUGCCCAAGUUAAUUCAACAUUAAAAGAAAUUAAUUCAACAACGAGAAUUCAAAGUAAUUCACCAUCAAAUGUAAUUACUGUCUCUGCUAACACUGACAAUACACAAAACAAACCUGUUCAGUUUUCUACCACGACCACACCUGCCACACCAGGGUUUCUUACUUUUCGUGUGGAUCCUAAAUUAACGUAUCAACAAGUAGAGGAAGUCCAGCACAUCAUAUCACACAAGCUCCCACUUGCAAAGGCACCUCCAUUGACAAGAGAACAGAAACAACUUCUAGCUGCCUUUCGUGCUCAGUUGAAAUCUAUGGAUACCCCUGUACAGCAGUAUUAUCUUCGCAAUCCCCAACUAUUUUUACAGAAGGUAUAUCAGCAUCUACAAACCGGCAAAGAAUUUGUGCUUCAUGUAAAAGCAGACACAUCUAAUGCACUAAAAUCCGCAAUAUCAAUUGCACAGUCCAAGCAUCCUACAAUAUCUUUGACAAGUGAUCCUUCAAAACCUAAGCUUUCCACUAUUAAAAUAAAUCGCACUUUAUCACCAAUACCUCAGCUUGCAGUGAAGAGGGGUAUCAAGCGGCCAGCUGAUGAUGAUACAACUCUACUAACUCAAUCACCUAAAACUUCAUUAAUAAUGCAGAAGCUGGAACAACAACAAGACCUUUGCACAUCUGCCGAUACCAAUACAAUGUUCAACAGCAUUGAUGAUGCCAUUGAAAGAUUACUUCCUUAUCAUGUAUGCAACAUGCCCGAGAUUAUGCCAGAAGAGUUUGACAAGAGUGAGCCACUCUUUUCUUCCCAUUCAACUUACCUGGUGAACAAAAUGGACAGAAUGCUUGCCAAAUACAAUAUGCUCUCGUUGCGGGAAGAUGCGAGAAGUUCUUGUUCUGCAAACUUAGUUAUGAUUGAACGCUCCUUCUUACAACAUGAACGAGCUGAAUUUGCCAAAUUAAAGCAAGCAGUUCUUGAUGAUCCUAGUCAAUUGUUAAACUACAUACCUCGAACACCAGACAACAGAGAAGUUUUAUCACUCCUAAGAGGUGGCCAGGAUGCCACAGGGGAAAGUUCAGAAAACUCGCAACUAUAUAGCGACUCUGAAGAAUCUCGCUCACAACGUAACUCAUACGAAUAUGGGGAUACAUCCGAUUAUAUGGAAUCUUACUCAACUAAGCCAAACGACAUGUAUGAAGCUGUAGAAUGUGAAGUGGUUACAUUUGAUGAUCAGCAAGAUACUUUACUACAAGAGGCAGUGGAUAGUAUUUUGUCUUGACAGCGUUAAACCUUUCAGUUUAAAUUUCAUUAAAAACGUCACAAAUUUCUUGGCAUAUGCCAAUAAUACCACUUACUUUCUAUUGUACUUUUUAGCAAUUUUAUUCAUUUCCACUGGUGCUAAGUGAACAGCAACACUUUUCAAACCACCUGUCCAGGUUUGUUAAAACUGUUGGUUGUUUUUCAAUCAUGAUUUGUUGCUGCGCUACAUUUUGUUUUUGCACUGAUUCCAGGAGCAACAUUAGUUUGAUCACUAACAAUGUUUUCCACACUAUAAGGUUGGUGGAAUAAAAUACAAUAACCUUUAUUUCU